GGUUGGUUCUUGUACUGUGAACGCCAAAAUAAAACCAGUUAAAAACUUUUCUCUCGGACUGAGAAACACAUGGGAGUGAAAGAAAUACAGCUGAUGAAAACGCUUAUUUACUUCCGGGUGUAAUGGUGUUUGGAACCCGGCGUUGUGCGCGAGGCUUUUUCUCUCUGUUCUUUCCGGGGGUCGCGAGCGGGCUGUAUCACUUUAGCCGACUUGCUAGCUAACGUAAAGAAAGUGGAGAAGACGGAGGCUAAACGGGAGCUUUAUCCGCCUACACAGACCUAUGCGACGGAUAGCAGGUGAGUGAUGGAGACGAGAGAGUUGACCGUGGUCGCUGGCAGCUUCGUGACUUUCCAGCUGCUCUUCUCGGUGGUCAGCCCGCGGCUCUCCUACAUCAUCACGCCGGGUUACGGACGAUUGCCUCUGAACAAGCACACCGAGUGGAACUCCAGGUUGGUGUCGACUGUGCACGCCCUGAUCGUGGGUUUGUUCUGUCUCUACAUCCUGUGGUUCGAUGACGUGGUCAACGCAGAUCCUGUCUGGGGUGACCCCAGUCUCGUCAAACUAAAUGUAGCCAUAACCUGUGGUUACCUCCUUUAUGACCUCGUGCUGUUAGCCACUAACUGGAGCACGAUGGGCGACAGCUUUUUCGUCUGUCACCACUUGGCGGCGCUGUAUGCAUACGGAUAUGUGCUGACUCGAGGCGUGCUUCCCUACUUUGCAAACUUCCGCCUCAUUUCAGAGCUGUCCACACCGUUUGUGAACCAAAGGUGGUUCUUCGAGUCGUUAAAGUACCCUCGCUCGCAUCGCCUGGUGGUGAUAAACGGCGUCGCCAUGGCGGUGGUCUUCUUCCUGGUCCGCACCGCCGUCAUGCCGUCCUACUGGUCCAGCGUGUUCGCCACAUUCGGCACAGACGCCUUCUACCGGCUGGGCCUCGGCGCGCAGGUGGCCUGGAUCUCCUCCUGCAUCGCGCUGGACAUCCUGAACACCAUCUGGAUGUACAAGAUCGCCCGCGGAUGCUACAAGGUGAUCACGGGGAGGGGAGGAGCGAGAAAAGGCAAGGAGGUAACGGAAAAGGAGCCGGAAAAAGACGGGAAGCACGUCAACAACCAUACUGACUGAAGAGAGCGAAAGGAAAUGUAGACACGAACAUGAAGUGAGGAAGGACAUCCUCACAGACCCGUGUGAUGGUCCCGACACGAGACAAAGAGACUCUCGAGCACCAGCCUUUGCAGCCUCCGUGUUAGGACCGAGGAAGAAAGCACACUUUUAUCUCCGUCUGUCACUUUUCUUUCGUCCCUUUACCGCCAUUCCUCUCUCAUAUUCCGCCCCCCCCUUCAGCCUCUGAAGUGCCUGCGAAAGACAGGAAGUGUUUGCAGGAUCGCAAAGUCGGACAGAGCCUUCAGAGGACGACCAUCUCUCGCUGAUUUCCCCCCCCCAAACGUCCUUCAUCUACUCCGUCCACGCUCGAGGAGACGCUCCCGUGUACAGUGUUCGUGAAUCUACAGGGCUCUCGUCUUAAAACUCAUCAGACCUCACGAUAUAUAGAUAAAAAGAGACAGAAAAACACCAUAAUGCCUCUUCUACAGUAUCACCUGCUGUGGCCUCCUUGUAAGAAAGUGGCACCUGCCUACUAUCACCAGCCAUGCCCCUCCCAACUCCCCCUGAACAAUUCGGAUUAUAUAUAUAUUAAAACAAAUAAGAAUAUGCAUGCAUGGAAGACACACUCUCUAACAACCUGUAGGUCCUGUGUCCACGUAGCAUCUUUUUCUGCACUGAGCAGAGAGUCUUUUCAGUGUUUCUGUGAUAGUAUCUCCACAACUUUUGACACCUUUAUCCAUUGUUUUUUCACACAUUGGAAGAUCCGUGUACGGAGGGCGAUCCGCAUACAGAUUUUUUUGUGUUUUGUCAUGGCAGUUUCCAUCGGAAAAACAAGCUUCUCGGUAUGUCCGGGGGGCAAUUUGUGUACGGAGAUAAGAGUUCAACUCCCACAAUAGAGAAAGACACCUAUGUACAACAAACUAGCUUUUCCUUCUUUGUUAUGAUUUAAAAAACACGGUCAAAAACAAGCUUCUCCUCCACAUACGGAGGGCAAUCUGCAUGCGGAGGGUGAUCCACGUACAGCGAUGGGAGUUUAACUGGGAAAACAUCUAUGUAUAACAAAUGAGAUUUUCUGUUUUAGUUAUGGUAGUUUCCGUCGUGAUAUCGUACGUAAAGUGAUUCUUGUACGUAUGGGCGAUCCUCGAACAUAGGGCGAUCCGCGUAUGAGAUAAACGCUCACCGUAGAAAAAACAUUCAUGUACAACAAAUGAGCUUUUUGAUUUUAGGUAUGGUAGUUUCCGUCUGACAGACUCGAUCAAAAACAUGCUUCUCCGCCACCUACGGAGGGCGAUCCUAGUACGUAGGGCGUUCUCGUACAGAGGGCAAUCAGUGUACAGGAACGACAUUUCUGCAGAGUAAACAUCAUUGUAUGACAAAUGAGCUUCAUGGGUUUUGUUUUGUUCAUUUCUUAAUGACGCAGAGCUUUCCCUCGCCGCAUACGGAGGGCGAUACUCGUACGUAAGGGUGAUCCCCGGACAUAGGGCAAUCCGCGUAAGGACAUAGACGCUCACCUUAGAAAAAACAUACAUGUACGACAAAUUUGCUUUUUGAUUUUAGGUACGGUAGUUUCCGUCUGACAGACUCGAUCAAAAACAAGCUUCUCCGCCACCUACGGAGGGCGAUCCUAGUACGGAGGGCGAUCUAGUACGGAGGGCGUUCUCAUACAGAAGGUGAUCCGUGUACGGGAACAACAUUUCUGCGGAGAAAACAUCAGUGUACAACAAAUGAGCUUCAUGGGUUUUGUUUUGAUCAUUUCUGGAAGACACAGAGCUUUUCCUCUCCGCAUACGGAGGGCAAUCCGCACACGGAGGGCGAUCCAUGCACAGAGACAAAAGGUCAACACUCUCUGGCAGCAGCGUUCAUGUACAACUAAUGAUCUUUUCUGUCUCUGUUAUGAUUGUUCCGUCUGAAUGACACAAUCAAGCUUCUCCUUCAAUAUCAAUAGUGACGUCAAUAUCUAAAAGGAUAUUUUCAACUUGGAACGGUUACAAAAAAACGGAGGGUGAGCUUUAAGUCGGUGCAUUUCCUUCCUUGAAAUAAGUCACUGGCUCUCAGAAAAAGUCGCCAGUGGACACAGGCUUCUCACAGGACGAUUUUUUGCCUUUUCAGUAUUCAUCGUGUCGGCGUCACUGAGCUGUUUUUCUGGUUUUUGUUCCACAAACCCUGAAGUCACAUACAGUUCAUUUUACAUCCAUCGCAACCCUCUGCCUCACUGGAUACUCCACGAUUCAGCUUUUGGUUUUGUUCUACCUCUCCCCCCCCCCCCCCCCCGCCUUACAAAAACCUCCCGUCAUCAUGAGAGAAACCUAUUUUGUUUUGUUCUUUCUACUGUAACGAGUGAUUUUAGCCUUUAAUGUUAUCUAUUGUGAUAUCACUGAUUCAGAGGGACGACUUUUCCUAGCCAAUGCAGUAAAACGGUGUCUUUCUAAAGAAACGCCCCCCCCCCCCACCUUGGAGGUUUUUAUACUUCCUCUGAUCACGUUUUUUUGUUCUCCGUGACUCUUGAGAAUCUUAUCGUACAAGGGAAAGGGAAAGGUCCAAAAACAAUUGGACUGUUUUCCCCCACUCUCUUCCCACGGCACAAUCAUAGGGUGCUAACGGUAUAACUGACGCCCUCCAGACACACUGACAUGGUGCUCUUUUUCUUGCAGAAUGUCAGCAGUAGGAAUGCUAGCAAUACGACAAUUUCUUUCCAAACGUUUCUAAAUAAUUUGGAUGUACCAACUUAUGGCAAUCUGCAUGUUGUUUUUCUUUUCCUGUAUAAACUGUAAAUCACUUCAGAGCAUGGUGACAUAUUUCUGUGAUGCCUUAGCGCCUAGUCAUAGAUGAGUAACAUCUAGAUAUGAAAACUGCAUUAAUCCAAUGCUUAAAAAGGGGUUUGUCUUCCAAAAUGUUUCGCCUCUCGGAGCAGACUGAAUGCAUGUAUUUGUUAUUUACUUUUCUCCUCGCUGCAUGUCUGUACAGUAUAUACACAUACAGUAGCUCUGCGUACUGUAUGCUAACUCACUAAUCAUUAUCCACAUUCUCUGUGUGGCAUUUCUUCUCUUUUCUUUUCUACAAAUUCAUGAACUGUACUCGUUGUACACUAAGACUACAUCGCUGAAAUGAUGACAGACAGAGAUGCAAGAGGGGGUUUCAGAGUGGGCUUUGGUCACACUACCAGAGAUGUACAAAUGUCCUUUUUGCUUAAAAGAGAACUCCACCGAUUUAGCGUAACACUCAGAAUGGGAAAUCACGAUGAAUAGCUUCAAAAACGAUGCAGCAGAACGAGAUCGCCAAGUUUCCAUCCGAACGUAGUGUGCAUCUUAACCAAAAUACAUCUUAAAAAAUCGGCAAGAAUUUCUCGUUGAUAUAGGGAGAAAGAGGGUGUGAUUUAAAAACUCUAAACAAUGGAAUUCAAAUAUUUCUCAACUUGUCAAUGCAUUUCAGGUACGUCACUGUGACACACUUAAAAAACAAACAACAUUUGUGCAAAUUCAAUUUUCCCAUUUUGCCUACAUUACCCAUAAUGCAACAGUUCAGUUAGGAAAAUCAUGUGUAGCAGCGAAUUCUCCCUCGUUUUCCAGUCAGAUUUUCUUAAGUAAAAUGCAAAUACAAGCAGGCUGACAAAAAAAGAAAUAAAACUUUAUUCAAUUUCUUGAAGAACGUGGUGACUACAUCACCCAUAAUGCAACAGUUCAGUCUAGCGAUUCAAGGCUUUCUCAGUCGUCGUCUUUUUUUUUUGCCAAUUUAAAUUGCGCAUGAACACAGGUUGUAGCAGCUCACUCUGCCCAUUUAUGUUUGUUUGUAUAUCACACACAUAGUUGUACUAACUAAGAUGUGUCAUCACACCCACUUUUUAUUUUGUAGCUCCCAAGACGCGAAAACAGAUUGUGUGUCCAAUCGAUGGAGUUCCCCUUUUAAGCCUUUAAUUGGAUCAGAUAAUAGAGAAUAUCUGCCGGUGUUUUCUCACUGUGUCGCUGUACAGCUCACUCGGCGACCUCCUGUCUGUCUGCCUGUCUGUCUGUCACCACAGAGGAGGGGCUACAGUAUCUUGUGCCUUUUUUAAACACAAACGGUGGAUGUGAUGCAGCCAGGUUUUGGAUUAGCAUGACUUUCUAAUGUAAUACCCAGUGAUUAUCUCCUCUGUAUUCCACAUGUAUACUCUUUGUAUAUAUUUUUAUAACCUUUGCCUGCACAAUGAUUAAUCCGGCCAAGUAUUAUAAUCCAAAGCUGAUCCCUUUUCUCGGGGAGUUUUGUGUUUUUCCUCCUGAAGUACAGGGAGGUAUGUCUCUAUGAAUGUUGUGAUUUAGUUAUUUAGUGGCAUUAGAGAUGCGCUCACAUUGUCCCGAGGCGGUCAGAAUGGAAAUUAUAUUUUUUCACUUUAAGACAGGUUAGUAAACGGGAAGGCUAACAUCUCAUUUCUCCGGCCUCCUAAUCUCGAAGCUGUGAAUAGUUGUAGAAAGAAACUGUAAUAUCAAAAGACUAUAGUAAUCAGACUACACUGUGGGGGGUGAGCAGAGAAGCUGGUGCGCUUCUUCUUCUUCUUCUUCUUUUUGUUGCCGUCUUUGAGUUUAAACUGCUCGUGCACAAAGUAAAAACGACACUCACGAGAAUUGCAAAGAGUUUUGUUUUUGUAUGUUUCAGGGUUUUCUACAGAAUAUAUUUCAACACCUGAUACGUGUCUCGCACCCUGGGGAUGUUCGGACAGAACGGAUUGAUGGAUUUCAAAUUAGAAAAUUAAAAAAGGCUGCUAUUGUAAAAGGCCGGGAUCUGAAUGGUGUCAGGUUAGAACAACCACAUUUGCCUUUGUUUCAUUUUCGGGGAGGCCAACGUUCAUUAUGUCAAAUAAUGAAUAUAUAUUUAAAGAUGCAUAUAUAUUAUUAAGGUAUAUACAAACCUGUGUAUAUCAAACUGAACCUAUUAAACAUCGGAUUUUGUGUUUAAUUUCUCUUCUUUCUUAGGUACAUUAAAACAGAGCUGCAUCAGAAUCUGGUACUUAAACGGUGAAUCUUACACAUGGUACUCGGGCAGUUUUGAUGGCAGGUUUGAUUCUAUUAAUUAAGAUUAUGAUUGAAAAUGACUGGAAAAAUCGAGGCUAAAUUGAUUUUUGUUUUUUUUAUUGACUUGCCAGUGUGGCUUGUGUUGUUUCCCCCCCUGUUUUUAUUUGUGUCUUUUAAUGCAAUGCAAUCUCUUUGUUUUCUUUUGUUUUCUGGAGAUUUUAAUGUGAAACAGCCUACACUACACGCAGGCCUCGUCUGAGCGUCGUCUACAAUGACCACUACUAAUGAUCAUGUAACUGUAGUGCUGAAAGCUGAGACUUACUUGAAAGUGUUGCUCUUCAAUAAAGUUGAAGACCAAGAGAAAA